CUAUGACGACUUGGCCACACUUAUGUAAAAGUGCAUCUCAAUAUUUGUCGCCAAUAUUUAUUAUGCUACAAAAGUGAAGAAUAAUUGCAAAUAGAGGAUCGUGAUGGUUUAAAGUGUGCGACCAAACUAUACAAAAGUGCUGCCAAACAAAAAUGUGAUCUGAAGCUUUCCACUAAAAGACUAAGCAAUAAAAUUGAGUAAAACAGUUGCAUCCCUUAUCUUAAGAGUACUUCACAGAUUCUGUUCGGAUCGCCAGCAGGAACCAGUGACGUGACGCAUCUUUGUUGGUUUUCCCGAUAAACAGCUAGCCCAAGAGUUAAAAAGCUGGACGACCGCACCCCCACCUCAGACAAAGAAGAACCCGCUGCAUAAUGCCGAUUUUGUACAGCGUCAUCUCGCGGGGCACGACCCCCCUGGCAAAGUUCGCCGAUUGCGUCGGAAACUUUGGAGAAGUUACGGAGCACAUCAUCGAGCGGAUUGACCUGCGUAACAGCAAGACCACCUACACUCACGGCGACUACCUGAUCCACUACACUUGCGAGAACAAGCUGGUCUACAUGUGCAUCACUGACAAUGAGUUUGACCGGUCGCGGUCUUUUCUCUUUCUUGCGGAUAUAAAGCACCGGUUCAUCCAGACGUAUGGGCUGCAGGUGGCGACGGCCAUCGCCUAUGCCAUGAAUACAGAGUUUUCGAAAGUCCUGGCGCAGCAAAUGGUCUACUUCAGCUCUUCUCGAGAAGUUGACACCAUUUCGAGGGCUCAUGGCCAGAUUGAGGAGCUUAAAGACAUUAUGAUUAAAAAUAUUGACAGUCUGCGGGACCGCGGUGAGAAGCUGGAGCUGCUUGUCAACAAGACCGAAAAUUUGAGCAAUAAUUCCGUUGCAUUCCGCAAGGCCUCGCGAAAUUUGGCGAGACAAAUGUUUUGGAAGAACAUUCGCAUCUAUGUGGUGGUUGGACUGGUGAUAACCUUCAUCAUUUAUGUGAUCGUGAGCAUGGCCUGUGGCGGCCUCCUCUGGCAGUCGUGCGUUUGAACCCCUCUCUUAUUGUUUAUGUAUUGUUAUAGGCCCAUAACACAUGUAUAUUUGCAUACAAACUCUACGGUACCCUCACUAUAUAUGUUAUAUUUAAUAAAUGCGAAAGUAUACAGGAUUA